CGGCCGUGUACUUUUGGAGUUGCACAGCCCCAACUUAACGGAUGUUGAGCGAAUGUCAAAGAUGGCGCUCCCCAUGUAGACAGUAAUGUCUUCAUUAUGUAGUGCAUUGACUUGUGAAUCGUAGACUGCCUCAUUGGAACUGAAUUUAAUAUUUAUUUCUGGAUUUUUUUAUAACUAUAAGUAAGGGUAGAGGACCUUGGCAGAGAUCAUGGCGGUUCUGGGCGACAUAAGUCGAAGUGUUCGACUGCUGUUAGGUCAAAUGCAUCGCUGCAGGACGACUACUGCUGGGAGCAAAUCUCUACUGUUGGCUCGGGGAUUCGGCCAGGCAGCCCCGCAGUCCAAGCCGGUGGUCGAUGACAACGAGGCGGUCAAUCCGACGUUUGUCAACAGGAACCCACGCAACCUCGAGCAGAUGGCCCUGGCAAUGAAAGACAGGGGAUGGGGUACGACCUGGCCCCAUAGAGAGUUCUACCACAGGUUAGUGUUCACCCGCUCCCAGCAUCAUGUGACGGCUGAGGUGUUGGCCUGCGACUCCCCCACCCCGGUGCUCUCCUGCUCCACCAAGGAGUGGGCGGUGAAGCGGGAGCUGGCCUCCACCCGCUGCGUCGCGGCCUGCCAGGCCGUGGGCGAGGUCCUGGCCGAGAGGUGCCACCGGGCGGGCAUCAAGCGCAUGGUGUACCGGGCCAUCCCCUGGCAGUUCCGCUCAGACGCUAUCCAGUCCUUUAGGACGGCGCUGAAGGACGGAGGACUGGUCCUCAGUGAGCCCAGGAGGCAGUACAUCGCACCCCGAGUCAAGGCCCCGUCAGGCCCCAUGUGAAUAUUGAAUAUUGUUAUUGCAAAUCUGAAUUAAAAGAAUGGUUAACUUGUUGUUCUGCAAUCUAUUUCUGAAAGUAGCACGAUGAGUCGGUCUACACUUAAACAAAGCAACGUGGAAAGUAUGCAGUGUUGUUAAUAAGUUAUAUCCUUUUGUAGUCUGGUAUAUUGAUUAAAACAAAACGGCUGCUUAAAGUAGAAUAUUUUAUUGGAUCACUCGUAGAGCAAGUGUUGUAAACGGUAAAAUAUGCAAUGUGCUGAGACAUCGUGGGAGGUCAUAGAAAUACGUCUGAUACAAUUCAUCAUAACACAAGGU